GGGGCAAAAAAAAAAAAAAAAGACGGCUUUUCUCUCGGACCAGCACGCCCUCUACUACGCCGACGCCGCGCCCCGACGGGACGGAACCAUCGGCGGAGGAGGCGGCGCUGUCCUCCCGCGGGUUGAAUUUUCUCUCCGCACAUGGCGAGGGCCGCCGUUUGGCCGUUCGUGAAGGCCUGCGUCACUGGCAGCUUGCUUGGCCGGACCUUCGCCGACUGGUGCGCCUCCGUCAUCGCCGUCGACGGCCGCUCCAUGUACCCCACCUUGGACGCACAGCAGGGCGAACGCGCGCUGGUGGAGAAGCGAUGCCUCUACCGCUACGACCUCUCCCGCGGCGAUGUCGUCGUCUUCCGGUCGCCGAGGAACCACCGCGAAAUGGUGGUGAAGAGGUUGAUUGCGCUGCCAGGGGAUUGGAUCCAGGUCCCGGAGAAGCAAGAGAUCCGGCAGAUCCCGCAGGGGCACUGCUGGGUGGAAGGGGACAAUGCCGGCCUCAGCUUGGACUCGAGAACCUACGGCCCUGUUCCUCUGGGUCUGAUGCAAGGCAGAGUCACGCAUGUAGUCUGGCCACCCAACAGGAUUGGUCGAGUUGACAGAAAAAUACCAGAAGGAAGGAUUAUGCCACUAUAACCUUUUUGUUGCUCUUGUUAGGUUGGUUAUCCUGCAUUGUUUUUUCCAUUUUUGGGCAGGGCAACCACUAUGAAUAGGAUUGACUGAAGCCUCAAUGUGUACUCCACUAUACUGUCAAAGGCAGUGAAUUGGAGGAUGUGAUACAUUUGGUGACAGUGAGAACAUUAUCUCUGAUUUCAUAUCAACCUUCCUGUCAGUUCUAGGCUUGUAGCCUUGUAGGAAAUGUGUACUGAGGAGCUUUACUUUUUUAUGUGAUUCAACACUGAAAUCUUAGAAUACCAAUAAGAGGAAAAGUAUUUACGUCUGGUC